AUGAUCCACCUCGAUAGCCUCUCCGGCGUGUUGCAUUUCGCGUGCCAGUACCUGCACAUUAUCCUCCCGCUCACACCCUUUGUCUCCUCAGACUGUUCUGCGCAUCGAACGCCACGGGCUCACAACCGUCCCGCCUCCUCGCUCGUGGAAAGUAUAUCGUCGUCGGCGAUGUCGUCCAGCGACCGGCUCUCCGAAGCCGAAGAAACUCCAAGCGUAUCCGCCCAGUCUGGCCAAGACGUCAAGCUUGAAGCUGCUUGGGAUCGACACGAGAGCUGCAUCGAGUGCAUGCACCCUUGGGCUGCGCAGGCGGAUGUCGACCGAUUCGAACGGAGGGUCUACGAUGCAACCUGGCUCCUAAUGCACCGGGGACGUGAUCUCGGCUCGCUCUCCACCAUCGCCGACCUCUACAACCUCCAGGACCGUGGCAUCUACCUGCACGCUCAGAUCGUCGACGUGUCGUGGCCGCCGGAAUUGCCGAUCAAACUGCGUAACCCUGUCUUGGGUCUGUUCUUGCGAGCUCUUCUCGCGUGA